UGUUUAUGCUGUCUGUACACUGUGUCCUGCUAGUCCUGCUUUAGCCCCGCCCCCUGCACUGCUGUAACCAAUCAGAGGAAGAUGUAGCUCCGCCCUGCACUGAAUUCUGAAUCAAACUGCACACACAGCUUUGCCCUGUGUGUGUGUGUGUGUGUGUGCGGAGAGAGAGAGAGAGUUAAUGAUGUGUAGUAAACCCCUCCCCCUCCCUUAGAGGUAGUACCCCCCUUCUUUUAUGCCACGUGGUAUGAUCCAAAACGGCAUCAGACCCAUUUAAACAAGCCUCGGGGACAGAGAGAGAGAGAGAGAGAGAGGGGAGAGGGAUAAAGAGAGAGAAAGAGAAACAGUAUACAGAGAGAAGGGAGGGAGAGAAAGGGGAGAGAGAGGAAAAAGGCAGAGAGAGAGAGAGAAAACAGAGAAUGGCUCUGAUUCAUUGAGGAGCGAGGGAGAGGAGGAGAAGAGAACCUGCAGAGAACAGCACAGAUUUGCGUGGAGUUCCGGGCCAGAAGGCUCUCUCGUCUCAGCGCUCUCUCCCAGGAACUCCUGUCUCCCACAAACACUUCCCCAUCGACCUGCGCACAUCCAUGGACGGAAAGUACAAAGAGAUCGCAGAGGAGCUGCUGGCCCGCAGUCUGGUGGACAGUGAGAUGCGCAGCGCUCCAUAUGAGUUUCCAGAGGACAGUCCCAUCGAACAGCUGGAGGAGAAACGACACCGAUUGGAGAGACAGAUCAGCCAGGACAUCAGGCUUGAGCCAGAGAUUCUGCUGAGAGCCAAACAGGACUUCCUGAAAAUCGACAGUGCAACCGAUCUGGAAUAUCUGAAAGAGCAAGAUGAGGUAACGGUGGAUUAUGCUCCUAAAGACCGAGAAUUCGUUGUGGAGAGAGAGUUCCAACGCGUGUCCAUCUCUGGAGAGGAGAUUUGUGGGGUUCCCUUCACUGACCUGGUGGAUGCUGCGGAGUGUGUGGUUAGAGCGCUGUUUAUCCGGGAGAAGUACAUGUCCGAGUCCCUGCAGGGUUUCUGCGGCACCACUGCCCGCCUGCUGCAGGAGCUGUCUGACCGCCCGCUAAACUGCAGUCCACAAGGGGCGGAGCCUGAGACACCUGUGGACGCAGAUGCCCCUGUGCACCCCCCAGUGAGUGAUAUUCACCCGUAUGAGGGGCAGGACCCCUCCAAUCUGCCUCCAGAUGUGGGCUACAGCUGCAGGAUGGUGAACGGAGUGGUGCACGUUUACACCAAACACAGCCCCAUGGACAAGAGUACGGAGCUGGACCUGCCGUACCCCAACCUGAAGGAGUUUAUAGCUGAUAUGAAUGUCAUGAUGGCUCUCAUCAUCAACGGCCCAGUGAAGUCGUUCUGUUACCGGCGGCUGCAGUACCUCAGCUCAAAGUUCCAGAUGCACAUCCUGCUGAACGAGAUGAAGGAGCUCGCAGCUCAGAAGAAAGUCCCUCACCGGGACUUCUACAACAUCCGCAAGGUGGACACUCAUAUCCACGCCUCGUCCUGCAUGAAUCAGAAGCACCUGCUGCGCUUCAUUAAGCGUGCGAUGAAGAAGUAUCCGCGGGAGAUCGUGCACAUAGAGGGGGGGCGGGGCCAGACGCUGAUGGAGGUGUUUGAGAGUAUGAACCUGACGGCCUACGACCUCAGCGUCGACACGCUCGACAUGCACGCGGACCGGAACACGUUCCACCGCUUCGACAAAUUCAACUCCAAGUACAACCCCAUCGGAGAGUCCAUCCUCAGAGAGAUCUUCAUCAAAACUGACAACCACAUCCAGGGCAAAUACUUCGCCCACAUCAUCAAGGAGGUGAUGUCUGAUCUAGAGGAGAGUAAAUAUCAGAACGCUGAACUACGUCUGUCCAUCUACGGGCGCUCGAGGGACGAGUGGGACAGACUGGCUCAGUGGGCAACAACGCACUCUGUCUACUCGGACAACGUCCGCUGGCUCGUACAGAUACCACGACUGUAUGAUGUGUAUCACAGUAAGAAGCAGUUGGCGAAUUUUCAGCAGAUGUUGGAGAACGUUUUCCUGCCUCUGUUUGAAGUUACUGUGAACCCUCACAGUCACCCGGAGCUGCACCUGUUCCUCCAGCACGUGGUGGGCUUUGACAGCGUGGAUGAUGAAUCUAAGCCGGAGCAUCACGUGUUUAAUCUGGACAGCCCUCUGCCGGAGAACUGGACCGAGGAGGACAAUCCACCGUACUCCUACUACCUGUACUACACCUACGCUAACAUGACUGUUCUGAACCACCUGCGCAGGAGGCAGGGCUUCCACACCUUUGUGCUGCGACCUCACUGUGGGGAGGCGGGGCCUAUUCACCACCUGGUGUCUGGAUUCAUGCUUUCGGCCAACAUCUCACACGGACUGAUGCUGAGGAAGGCUCCUGUGCUGCAGUACCUGUACUAUCUCGCCCAGGUUGGUAUUGCCAUGUCUCCACUCAGCAACAACAGCCUGUUUCUCAGUUACCAUAGAAACCCUCUGCCGGAGUAUCUGUCCCGCGGCCUCAUGGUGUCGCUGUCUACCGACGACCCGCUGCAGUUCCACUUUACCAAGGAGCCCCUGAUGGAGGAGUACAGUAUCGCCACUCAGGUGUGGAAGCUCAGCUCGUGUGAUAUGUGUGAGUUAGCGAGGAACAGCGUGCUCAUGAGUGGCUUCUCACACAAGGUGAAGAGUUACUGGCUGGGUCCGAGUUACACUCACGAGGGUCCGGAGGGAAACGAUAUCCGUCGUACGAACGUGCCGGACAUCCGCGUGGCCUUCAGACAUGAGACGCUGUGUGAGGAGCUGCAACUGAUAACGCAUGCUGUCCAGACGCAGGGCCUGGAGAGCAUUCAGGAGGAUGCUCCGCUCUGCAUGAACCCUCUGACCUCCACACGCUGACCACAGCUCUCCUCUCGUUCGCCUCACACCUUCUCCACAGACGCCACGGAUCACUGCAGGUGCCUCUGUCCUGCCUCUGUCCUGCAUGCUCUGAGUUUCCUCUCUCUCCCUGAGUGACAGGGCGAGGGUGGCGGGUAAUGCAGUGAGUGGGGGGCGUGUAGCUGGACUCUGCAGAGAGUGCAGCUUCUUCAUUAAAGUGAUAGUUUGGCUUAUUACCCACCAGUUAGCACUGAGCUAACACCAUAAAGAUUAUACCUCACCAGUUAGCACCAAGCUAACUCCUUAAUGAUUAUAUCCCACCAGUUAGCACCGAGCUAACACCUUAAUGAUUAUAUCCCACCAGUUAGCACCGAGCUAACACCAUAAUGAUUAUACCUCACCAGUUAGCACUGAGCUAACACCAUAAUGAUUAUACCUCGCCAGUUAGCACUGAGCUAACACCUUAAAGAUUAUAUCCCACCAGUUAGCACCAAGCUAACACCUUAAUGAUUAUAUCCCACCAGUUAGCACCGAGCUAACACCUUAAUGAUUAUAUCCCACCAGUUAGCACCAAGCUAGCACCAUAAUGACUAUAUCCCACCAGUUAGCACCGAGCUAACACCAUAAAGAUUAUACCCCACCAGUUAGCACCGAGCUAACAACUUAAUGAUUAUAUCCCACCAGUUAGCACUGAGCUAACACCUUAAUGAUUAUACCUCACCAGUUAGCACCGAGCUAACAACUUAAUGAUUAUAUCCCACCAGUUAGCACCGAGCUAACACCUUAAUGAUUAUAUCCCACCAGUUAGCACUGAGCUAACACCAUAAUGAUUAUAUUCCACCAGUUAGCACUGAGCUAACACCAUAAUGAUUAUACCUCACCAGUUAGCACUGAGCUAACACCUUAAAGAUUAUACCUCACCAGUUAGCACCGAGCUAACAACUUAAUGAUUAUAUCCCACCAGUUAGCACUGAGCUAACACCUUAAUGAUUAUAUCCCACCAGUUAGCACUGAGCUAACACCAUAAUGAUUAUAUUCCACCAGUUAGUGCUGAGCUAACACCAUAAUGAUUAUACCUCACCAGUUAGCACCGAGCUAACACCUUAAUGAUUAUAUCCCACCAGUUAGCACUGAGCUAACACCAUAAUGAUUAUAUUCCACCAGUUAGCACUGAGCUAACACCAUAAUGAUUAUACCUCACCAGUUAGCACUGAGCUAACACCUUAAAGAUUAUAACCCACCAAUUAGCACCGAGCUAACAACUUAAUGAUUAUAUCCCACCAGUUAGCACUGAGCUAACACCUUAAAGAUUAUACCCCACCAGUUAGCACUGAGCUAACACCUUAAUGAUUAUAUCCCACCAGUUAGCACUGAGCUAACACCUUAAAGAUUAUAUCCCACCAGUUAGCACCGAGCUAACACCUUAAUGAUUAUAUCCCACCAGUUAGCACCGAGCUAACACCUUAAUGAUUAUAUCCCACCAGUUAGCACCAAGCUAACACCUUAAUGAUUAUAUCCCACCAGUUAGCACCGAGCUAACACCUUAAUGAUUAUAUCCCACCAGUUAGCACUAAGCUAACACCAUAAAGAUUAUACCCCACCAGUUAGCACUGAGCUAACACCAUAAUGAUUAUAUCCCACCAGUUAGCACUAAGCUAACACUAUAAUGAUUAUAUCCCACCAGUUAGCACCAAGCUAACACCUUAAAGAUUAUAACCCACCAAUUAGCACCGAGCUAACAACUUAAUGAUUAUAUCCCACCAGUUAGCACUGAGCUAACACCUUAAUGAUUAUAUCCCACCAGUUAGCACCGAGCUAACACCAUAAUGAUUUUAUCCCACUAGUUAGCACCAAGCUAACACCUUAAAGAUUAUAACCCACCAGUUAGCACCGAGCUAACACCUUAAAGAUUAUACCCUACCAGUUAGCACUGAUAGACCUGCUAUGUGGUUUCUGACUGUGUGAUUAUAGACAACAGUGAGUCAUGCAGUGUUGAUACACAGUGUCUGUUAGAGAUACUGAACAACUGAUGAUUUAGGCAUUGAUGCUAAUUGGUGGAUUAUAAGUGUCCACAUGUUAGCUGCAUUAGCCUCAUAGCUCCAGAGCUAAAACUAAAGAAUCAAACUUCAGACACCAAACAUGUCCCGGCUGAUCGACUACGUUUGGGGUAAAGUGGGGAAAUUAGGUGAAUCUUCGGCUGAACUAUCGCUUUAAUACUGAGACAUUGGGCUGUUGUAUUUCGGGAGGGUUCUGCUUCUGCAUGAAGAAAUCUGUCAGUGUCCUCUAGUACUGUGUGUUCUGAAGCAUGUGCAAAAUCACCAACAUUCUUAUUAUUACUUCACAAUAAUUAUGUUGUUUUUGUUUACUAGUAGCAGGGACAAACAAACAACAACACUGUUUACAACUGACUCCAAAUGUGAAGACGUGUCUGCCUCACGUUUCCCCAUCACACACAGUCUGACUGCACUGUGUUGUGUGUUUUACACCGUGACUGUGUGAGCACAGCCGCUGAUCUGAGUGUCGAGGUUUAUUUGUGCAGCCCCUAGUGAGGGGACACAGCAGCACGACUCUACAGGCCAGAGAUCAGGGGGGUGGGUUUAGGCUCUAGGCUAAAGGGUGUAGUGUGCAGGCUCCAGAGGGAAGGCUUCUGUGGCGUAGGGUGUAGCUUUUAGGCUGUAAGGUCUUUAGGGUGAAGGCUCUAAGGUGUAGCCUAUAGGCUAUAGGGUGUAAGCAAGUAAAGGCGUAAGGGAGUAACGGCUAAUAGCUAAGGUGUAGUCUCUAGGGUGAAGGCUGUAGGGGUUAAAGUGAAUACUGUAGGUUCUAGGGUGCAUGAUCAAAGAUGAAGGCUCUAGGGUUUAGGGUGUAUGGUUGAGGGUGAAGGCUGUAGGGUUUAGGGUGUAUGGUUGAGGGUGAAGGCUGUAGGGUUUAGGGUGUAUGGUUGAAGGUGAAGGCUGUAGGGUCUAGGGUGUAUGGUUGAAGGUGAAGGCUGUAGGGUUUAGAGUGUAUGGUUGAAGGUGAAGGCUGUAGGGUUUAGGGUGUAUGGUUGAAGGUGAAGGCUGUAGGGUCUAGGGUGUAUGGUUGAAGGUGAAGGCUGUAGGGUCUAGGGUGUAUGGUUGAAGGUGAAGGCUGUAGGGUCUAGGGUGUAUGGUUGAAGGUGAAGGCUGUAGGGUCUAGGGUGUAUGGUUGAAGGUGAAGGCUGUAGGGUUUAGGGUGUAUGGUUGAAGGUGAAGGCUGUAGGGUUUAGAGUGUAUGGUUGAGGGUGAAGGCUGUAGGGUUUAGGGUGUAGUUGAAGGUAAAGGUUGUAGGGUUUAGGGUGUAUGGUUGAAGGUGAAGGCUGUAGGGUCUAGGGUGUAUGGUUGAAGGUGAAGGCUGUAGGGUUUAGAGUGUAUGGUUGAAGGUGAAGGCUGUAGGGUCUAGGGUGUAUGGUUGAAGGUGAAGGCUGUAGGGUUUAGAGUGUAUGGUUGAGGGUGAAGGCUGUAGGGUUUAGGGUGUAGUUGAAGGUAAAGGUUGUAGGGUUUAGGGUGUAUGGUUGAAGGUGAAGGCUGUAGGGUCUAGGGUGUAUGGUUGAAGGUGAAGGCUGUAGGGUUUAGAGUGUAUGGUUGAAGGUGAAGGCUGUAGGGUCUAGGGUGUAUGGUUGAGGGUGAAGGCUGUAGGGUCUAGGGUGUAUGGUUGAAGGUGAAGGCUGUAGGGUUUAGGGUGUAUGGUUGAAGGUGAAAGCUGUAGGGUCUAGGGUGUAUGGUUGAAGGUGAAAGCUGUAGGGUUUAGGGUGUAUGGUUGAAGGUGAAAGCUGUAGGGUCUAGGGUGUAUGGUUGAAGGUGAAGGCUGUAGGGUCUAGGGUGUAUGGUUGAAGGUGAAGGCUGUAGGGUCUAGGGUGUAUGGUUGAAGGUGAAAGCUGUAGGGUCUAGGGUGUAUGGUUGAAGGUGAAGGCUGUAGGGUUUAGAGUGUAUGGUUGAAGGUGAAGGCUGUAGGGUCUAGGGUGUAUGGUUGAGGGUGAAGGCUGUAGGGUCUGGGGUGUAUGGUUGAAGGUGAAGGCUGUAGGGUUUAGGGUGUAUGGUUGAAGGUGAAAGCUGUAGGGUCUAGGGUGUAUGGUUGAAGGUGAAAGCUGUAGGGUUUAGGGUGUAUGGUUGAAGGUGAAGGCUGUAGGGUCUAGGGUGUAUGGUUGAAGGUGAAGGCUGUAGGGUCUAGGGUGUAUGGUUGAAGGUGAAGGCUGUAGGGUUUAGGGUGUAUGGUUGAAGGUGAAGGCUGUAGGGUUUAGGGUGUAUGGUUGAAGGUGAAAGCUGUAGGGUCUAGGGUGUAUGGUUGAAGGUGAAGGCUGUAGGGUCUAGGGUGUAUGGUUGAAGGUGAAGGCUGUAGGGUUUAGGGUGUAUGGUUGAAGGUGAAGGCUGUAGGGUUUAGGGUGUAUGGUUGAAGGUGAAGGCUGUAGGGUCUAGAGUGUAUGGUUGAGGGUGAAGGCUGUAGGGUUUAGAGUGUAUGGUUGAAGGUGAAGGCUGUAGGGUCUAGGGUGUAUGGUUGAGGGUGAAGGCUGUAGGGUCUGGGGUGUAUGGUUGAAGGUGAAGGCUGUAGGGUUUAGGGUGUAUGGUUGAAGGUGAAAGCUGUAGGGUCUAGGGUGUAUGGUUGAAGGUGAAAGCUGUAGGGUUUAGGGUGUAUGGUUGAAGGUGAAAGCUGUAGGGUCUAGGGUGUAUGGUUGAAGGUGAAGGCUGUAGGGUCUAGGGUGUAUGGUUGAAGGUGAAGGCUGUAGGGUUUAGGGUGUAUGGUUGAAGGUGAAGGCUGUAGGGUUUAGGGUGUAUGGUUGAAGGUGAAAGCUGUAGGGUCUAGGGUGUAUGGUUGAAGGUGAAGGCUGUAGGGUCUAGGGUGUAUGGUUGAAGGUGAAGGCUGUAGGGUUUAGGGUGUAUGGUUGAAGGUGAAGGCUGUAGGGUUUAGGGUGUAUGGUUGAAGGUGAAGGCUGUAGGGUCUAGAGUGUAUGGUUGAGGGUGAAGGCUGUAGGGUCUAGGGUGUAUGGUUGAAGGUGAAGGCUGUAGGGUCUAGGGUGUAUGGUUGAGGGUGAAGGCUGUAGGGUCUAGGGUGUAUGGUUGUAGACUCUAGGCUGUAGGGGAUAUUAGGUAUGGGGUGAAAGUCUACUUCAUCUCUAAUGUGUAAUUGUCCCCUUCUAAAAGUUUACACCCAGUUAAUCGCAGAGCAUCUCAAUGCAGCACUAAGUUUAGGUUCUGGGUGUAGAUCUAGGGUCUAGGGUGUAAGCUGUAGGAUUUUAGGGUUGGAAGCAGGAUCAAGAGUGUAGGCUCUAGAGUUAAAGUGAUAGAUUGUAGGGUUUAGGGCAUAGACAAUUUUAAGAUCUAGGUUGUAGACUUCAGGCUCUAGAUGGGGACUGUAGAUGGUAGGUAUGUUUGGCUGUAGAUUUUAGGGUCUAGGCUGAAGACUUUAGGCUCUAGAAUUUAGGCUGUAGGCUGAGGAUUUCAGGCUCUAGAUUUUAGGGUCUAGCUGUACACUUUAGCCUCUAGAUUUUACAGUCUAGACUAAAGACUUUAGGCUCUAGAUUUAAAGGUUUAGCCUGUAGACUUUAGGCUCUAGCUUUUAGGGUGUAGAGUCUGAAGUGUUGGUUAGCUGAUUCAGAUGUUUGAGGAAGUGGACUAGAAGAGAGAUGUGGAUCGGCUUUGGUCUGUGAGGAUUGGAGUGUUAAACUGAGGAACACCUGCUGCAGGUGUGUGUUAGUGUGUAGGGUGUGUGUUGUAAGCCAUAUAGCUGAAUGGAGUCUGUGCUGUGAAGCCCCUCCCCCCUCUGCGCUGUAUGGAAACGUGAUUUUGUAUAAAAGUUUCCUUUAAAAUAAAGAGUAUUUUUUUAGCAGGUAGAGAAACACUUUAUAUGAAGUUACUCACUGAUCACCGACACACAGUCUGAGUUCAGUUCAUGGAAAGUUUGAAUCUGUUUCUGUUCUUUAGUGUUUAUCCAGUAACACAGGCCGAGCUGUCAGAGUCAGAAUGUUUAUUGAACAUUGAGAGUAAAGAAUGUGGUGGAAUUUCUGUUUUUACCUUUAUGUUUUCCAUAUUCACACAUUUUAAACGAUGACAGUAAUGUGAGAAAUUUCUAUCACUGUUAUGUUAUUAUAGUUUAAUAUUUCUAUCAGUUAUUUAAUUCUGAUUUCUCUGAAAGUAGAGGUUAGUUUUCCUAAAGAUUCCAAAAACUACAGCGUAGUUUACAUUUCCACACAGUAUCAUAUGAGUCACUUUUCGCCUCUGCUUUUAAUUUGUUUGUUUGAAAUCUUUUACAUGAUUUACAUUUAUUAUUGUUGAAUUCUACACAGUUCUGAAGUUUUAAUUUAGAUCGGUACGUUUUUUAUUUACUGUUUUGUUUACCUUUAUGUGUAUUUGAUAUGAACACCGUGUCGCCGCCCUUAUGGCCAGUUGAUGCCGACGUUCGAUGGUCUGAUGAAUGGAAAUGCUCACUUGUACUGAGAUCAAAUAAAGCAUGAAAGUAUCAUCA